AUGUUAGAGAUUCUCUCAUUUGUGCCUACAUUUUCAAAGAUUCGAGGAAAGCCGAAUGAUGAUUGGAUAGAUCGAAUGUCGCAUGUUUAUACAAAACCUAUAUUGAUCAUCUUUACAGUUGCAGUAAGUUCAGGUCAAGUAUUUAAACAUCCAAUACAAUGUUGGGUUCCGGCAGAGUUCGAGGAAUCGAUGGAGAGGUAUACAGAGUAUCAUUGCUGGAUAAAGAAUACGUACUACGUUCCAAUGCUUCAAAAAAUUCCGGAAAAUAUUUCCGAACGUCAGGAUGCAGAGAUAACGUACUACCAGUGGGUUCCAUUGAUUUUGCUUCUCAUGGCAUUCUUAUUCAAACUUCCGAAUGUCGUUUGGAGAAUAUUUAAUGGCGGAUCUGGAAUGAAUCUUGAUCAAAUGGUACUCUUUGCGGAGCAAACUCAACUUGGAUCGCCAAAAGAUCGCGAGAAGUCGAUAAAAACUCUGGCUAAUUUUAUGGACAAAUGGUUGUACUCCAACGUUGAAAAGAACUUGAACUUUAUUAACAGGAAAAAGGCCGGAAAGUAUUUAACCGGUCUUUUUCUUUUUGUAAAGGUCUUAUAUGUUUUAAAUACAUUUGGACAAAUAUUCCUAUUGAACGCCUUCCUGUCAACUAAAUACAGCUUUUAUGGUUUUGAUUUUUUCGAUAACUGGAAAAGCAAUAGACCAUGGAGAGAUUCCCCAAGAUUUCCAAGAGUAACUUUAUGCGAUUUUCAAAUAAGACAGCUUCAGAACGUUCAAAGAUUUACUAUUCAAUGUGUUUUACCUAUCAACCUUUUCAACGAGAAAAUCUUCAUUUUUAUCUGGUUUUGGUUAAUUUUCAUUACUUUUUUGGCCGCAUGCAAUCUUCUCAUGUGGAUUUACAUGAUCAUAUUAAACACCAACAAAAUACGUUACUGUAAAAAGUAUCUAAAAAUGAAUCACGAGCUUUACAACAAGUUUGAUAAAGUACUUUGCCGCAAGUUUGCAGAAUAUUACAUGCGAGAUGAUGGAGUGUUAGUGCUGCGAGUUAUUUCGAACAAUUCGUCUGAUAUGGUAGUUACCGAUCUCGUUAAGGAGCUAUGGUCAAUAUUCAAAAACAAGAACGGUCAAAAUACAAAGACAGGAGAAGAGGUCGCAUUAUUGAAUCCAGAUGUUAAGGAAAUUUUGAAAGAUAAGUGUUCAUUAUAGGCUUGUACUUUGCUCGAUCAAUCUAUUGUUUGUAUUAACUGGUCUAUUACAGCAAGUAAGUUAACAACUUACCGUUCAGUAUCUUAAUGGUAGCUUUAUCCGAUUAUUCAGCAAAUUGUCAAAACAUUACCUCGGGGAUUUAAAUUGAUUAUAUAACGAGAUUUAUCUGACAUUCACUACAUUUGUAAUUACAUUUUUCGCUAUCAAACACUAUAUUGAUAUAUGAAAUAUCUUUGUCACGAGUUUU